AUGCCGGACAUUAGUGUUUUCGAAACGAUAAUGUUUAGAAUGAGUAUUGUCUCAAAGUACGCACGCUCAUACUGUUUUGGAGGUAAAGAAACAAAGCACAUAUCCGGCUUAGUUGAUGAGGAUAAAGGCAUCUGUUGGAAUGAUAUCCACAUUUUUGAUCAACAGCUGCCAUUACGCCAAGUUUUCUACAUACUGAGCUUUG